AUGAGUUUCGGCUCGGACUCCUCCGGUUCUCCUCCGGACGCUUUGGAGUGGAGAUUCUCCCAAGCGUUCGGCGAUAAACUCCCUGGAGAAGAUAUUCAGGAUGGUGAAUUUCCGAUUCUAACACCUGGGCGCUUUGAUUUUAUUACGGCGCUUGAGUUCGAUAAGAAUGGGGAUCACCUGGCUGUGGGCGAUCGAGGAGGCCGUGUUGUCAUCUUUCAUAAGGAGGUGCGAAUUUUCCCUUUCCCUUUGAUUUUCUCCGAAAGUGAUAAAGUUUAUCAUCUUUUGUUUGUGUCUGUGUGUGAGUGUGAGGAUUUUGGGCUUGCAAAUAAGACUUUGGACGUAAACAAGCUCACUUCACGGGAUGAGUUAGAGCAACUUGAUAGUGCUAUGAUAAAUCAUCCUACGUUUCAGUAUAAAACCGAGUUUCAGAGUCACGAGCCCGAGUUUGAUUCUUUGAAAAGCAUUGAGAUUGAAGAAAAGAUCAAUAAAAUCAGAUGGUGUGCACCACCAAAUGGAUCGUUAUGUCUUCUUUCAACAAAUGAUAAGACUAUCAAGUUGUGGAGGGUCAAGGACCAUGAAGUGAAGCAAGACUCAGAAAUGGAAAUAAGCCAAUCUGUAUCUUCAGAGAAUUCAUUGUUGGCCGAAAAUAGUUUUAUUAAUGGACAAACAACAGAUUUUUCUAACAGCAGUUCUUUAGAAUGGACAGAAAAUGUGGCGAAUAAUGUAUCAUAUGAUGGAGGGAACAAAAAGAUAGCAUGUUUAGAGGAUGCUACUCGAGCAAGAUGCCGAAAGGUGUAUGAACAUGCUCAUGAUUUUAAUGUCAAUUCUAUCUCGGUUAAUAGUGAUUGGGAGACAUUUGUUUCUGGAGAUGACCUAAGAAUAAAUUUGUGGAAUCUUGAAGUCAGCAACCAAUGUUUCAAUAUAAUUGACAUGAAGCCUACAAACAUGGAAGAUCUAAUAGAGGUGAUCACGGCCGUGGAAUUCCACCCGUUUCACUGUAAUCUUCUGGCGUACAGCAGUUCGAGGGGAUUUGUUCGGCUUGUAGACAUGAGACAAUCAGCUCUAUGUGAUCAUAAUGCAAGGAUAUUCAAAGACGAAGACUCACUGCCUAAAUCAUUCUUCACCGAGAUUAUUGCGUCUAUAACUGACAUAAAGUUUGCAAAUGAUGGAAGGCAUAUUUUGAGCCGUGAUUAUAUGAAUCUGAAGCUUUGGGAUAUGAACAUGGAUGCAGGUCCAGUUGCAACAUUUAGGAUUCACGACAAUCUACGACCGAAAGUGAGAAGCUCGAUUAUUGGCAAUAGGGAUAUCCUGUGUGAUCUGUACAACAAUGAUGCAAUUUUCGAUAAGUUCGAAUGCUGCAUUGCUAAAGACCGGCUUAGUUUUGCAACUGGGUCAUACAGCAAUCAUCUGCGUGUAUAUUCUUACGAAAAUGGGAAUAGCGAUGGAGUAACCAUUGAAGCCAGUAGAGAUUCAAAUACGCAAGAAGCCAUUAGUCCCAACAACAACAAGGCCUCGGCGUUCAUCUUUGAGCAAUCUGGCUAGAGGAUUUUACCGAACAGGCCAUGAUGCUAAUAGUGCGGGAAGUAACGAAUUUUCUUACGAUUUCAAUUGUAAGUUACUUAAUCUUGCGUGGCACCCGACGAGCAAUUUGAUUACCUGUGCAACUGGAGGAACUUUGUUUAUGUAUCAUGCCUAAUUAUGUAAAUUAAAAAAAUAUAUAUAUAUGAAGAUUGCAGAGUAUAAACUAUAAACUAUAGUUGAAAUGUGUUAUGAGGUUUCAUGUUUAGUGUUUUGUGUAACAAAACCUUAGGAAAUUGUCAGCUGUUCUGCGUAUAGAUAGAAUGGGGAUAGUUUUAAUGUGAAUGUUGAAUUGGAAAUAUUUCAUGUUAAUCCAUUUUUUUUUUUCUUUU